UAACCUGCUGUGAGUUUCUCUCCGUUUGGUCAUUUGGUAACACUAUCGCGGUUUUAACAUUUUUUUUGACUACAAUUUAUAUUUUAUUCAAUUGAUGCUUAUAAUUUCCUGUCGAAGAACUGAAGAUGGAGACGUCAGGUGCUUCACGUUGUACAUCAGAACUAAGGAUUGUUCUUUUGGGUCCAAAGAAUUCUGGGAAAAGUUCAACAGGAAACAUUAUCCUUGGAAAAAAGGAGUUUAACCUGAAAAUUCCAUUUCGCUGUGAAAAGAAAUGUGCUGAAAUAUCAGGAUGGGAAAUCACGGUGGUGGAUACACCUGGCUGGUGGGGGACAUUACCUUACGAAGAAAACCCUGAACUACACAAACAAGAAGUUAUCUUGGGUUUUACUCGGUGUGCACCAGGACCCCAUGCCAUUCUUUUAGUUUUUAAUGUGGACACGCCAUUUAAACAAAAAGAAAGAAAUGUUCUUUGUGAAAAUAUGAGAUGUUUCGGUGAGGAUGUGUGGAAACACACAAUAGUGUUGUUCACUUGUGUAAAUCAACCUGGAGUUGAACAAUUCAUAGAGAGGGAAAAUGAAACACUCCAGUGGCUCCUCGACAAAUGUGAGAACAGGUAUCAUGUUCUUAACAUCAGAAAUAAAGGUGAUGGACCUCAGGUCAAAGAAUUGCUCAAUAAAAUCCAGAAGAUGGUGGAAGGAAACAAAGGAAGACAUUUUGAAAUACAUGGAGAUACACAACAGUGUCUAGAAGAGAAGAGGAGAAACCAGGAGAAGAAAGCAGAGGAAAGAAAAGUAAAAAUAAAUCAGAUAAAAACAAAUGGACUAAAACAUCCUCUCUCGGAAAUAAGGAUUGUGCUUCUUGGUUACAAUGGAGCCGGGAAGAGUUCAGCAGGAAACACCAUCCUUGGCAAAUCUGCAUUUGAUUCAAGAAGAUCUAUUACAUCCGUGAUGAAGCAAGGAGCUGUUGCAGGGAGACACAUUACUGUGGUCGAUACUUCAGGCAGAAGACGCUAUUGCUUUUCGCAAUACACCCCCAGACUCUAUAAAGACGAUAUUAUGUUGAGUUCCUCUCUUUGUCCUCCAGGACCUCAUGUCUUUCUUCUGGUCAUACGUGUGGAUGUGGCAUUCACUGAAGUGUAUAGACGAGCCGUGGAGGAACAUGCUUCUUCUCUCGGUGUCAAUAUUUACUAUAUUUUAAAAACCCGAUUUAAUGAUAAAAUAGUUAACGCUCAAUCAGAUAAAGAACAUUUUGAAAUGGGUUUGGUGUUGUUUGGGCCGCACUCUUCUGGCAAGAUUUCAGCAGGGAACACAAUUUUGUGUAGAGAGACAUUUGUCAAAACUGGGUCAGGACAGAACCUGAAAGAAAGCUGGGAAGUCGCAGGAAAGAAUCUCACUGUGGUUUGUACACCAGGUUUCACCAAAAGUUCCCUUUCUCGUUAUCCUCUUAAAAAGACACUUAAAGAUGCUAAACUUAACCUGUUGAGAAGUGUUACAGAGAGCUCCUCUGAAACACACGCUUUCAUUUUAACCUUGGGUGUCGACUGUUCAUUCGCCGAGGAAGACAAGACCGCAAUAACAACGAUCCUGGAGCCUCUAGGUGAACAAGUCUGGAAUCACACUCUGGUCCUCUUCACGGAUAAAGAUCAGCUCGGUGACACUCCAAUCAAGUUAUUCAUUGCAAGUGAAGGUGAUGUUCUCCAGUGGCUCAUUGAGAAAUGUGGGAACAGGUAUCAUGUUCUCAACAUCAAGAACACGGGCGAUGGAUCUCAAGUCACAAAACUGCUGGAGAAGAUAGAGGAGAUGGUUGCAGGGAACAGAGGAUGUUAUGGAAUGGACAAAGAGACGUUAAAGGAGGUAGAAAGACAAAUCGAAUCGAACGUUCUUAAGAAAAGAGCCUUGAGUAUGGAUGAGCCAUACAAUUUUGCUAAAGAAUGCAGAAGUUCCUCGGGGGUAGAUUCAGAUUACAUGUCGCAAAGAGAGAAAGAUUCAACCACAGAGGAUUUCAAUAUUGCAAUGGAAUUGGAAAAGAAAUCCGAAGCGACCUCAGGAUUGGAAUCUCUCAGCUCUAUUCCUGAGUUUGAAGUAUUUAGUUUGGAUUGAUUGUUUGGAGAGGAAACACUGGUUUUAGAGUUGUUUGUCCAUUUAGGGCUGCUGUACAAAACAUGGUUGUGAAUUCAAUGUAUGUAGGACCGAUCUGUGUGUGGAAAUAAAACGCUUAUUCUAAGAUAUUACAAACAAAAUGGUUCAUUAUGUAAGGUCUUUAUACGCCUCUUAAGAAAUAGUUUUGUAUAUUAUAUUGUUAUAUUAUUUCUGUCAAUAGAUCCUCCUAAAAACCCUGUUUUGUUCCUUUAAAUCUUUACUGUAUGAUUUUUUUACAUAGUUCGAUAGAUAACAAAUGGUAUAAAAAAAUUUAUAAAUGUUUUGAAGAUUAUGAAAAGAAACGUUUUUUGUGAUUAUUAGGAAAUUAUUUUAAAACAUAUUUGCGAACGAUAUCAACAAAUUCUUAUAAAAACUAUACUUAUAAUCAGAUGAUCUUUUUGCAAAUAUGAUUUUGCAAAGAAUGUGUGUAAAUAUACAUCCGUUCAUCUGUGUAAUACAUCUGUGUCCUAAUAUCAGUCUGCUUUAAGUUCUGUUUCCUUUGUUGUUUUUUGCUUAUUAAAGUGAUUUUACAAAUUA